GUUCUCACGGAAAGGUGGCUAAGAACCCCCAACAGUCCAAAAGACAACGCGUGGAGAAAGAGAAAAUUGAGGAAAACACUGAUUCUCUUGUUAAUGAGAUUAAUAACGAGUAUAAUGAUGUUGAGGCUCUUCUAGAGAAAGACAGCGAAAGCGAGAAGGAACAAGAGGACAAGAAGUCAAACGUCCACGACAGUGAGUCUGAAGAAGAGGAAGAAGAUGAAGUGGAAGAAGAAGAAGAGGAAGAGGAAGCAGAAGAAGAAGAGGAGGAAGAAGAAAGAGAGGAAGAAUCUGAUCGUUCUGGCAGACCACAAAUUAAAGAAAACCCUGAAGAUUUUGCCGAUCUUCAUCUGUCUGAACCAACGAUGAAGGGAAUACAAGAAAUGGGAUUCACAAAGAUGACUGAGGUUCAAGCGAGAACCAUUCCCCCACUUCUGGCCGGAAAAGACGUGCUUGGAGCUGCCAAGACAGGUUCCGGUAAGACUUUGGCUUUUUUGAUUCCUGCCAUUGAGUUGUUGUACUCGCUCAAGUUCAAGCCUCGUAACGGAGCAGGUGCCAUUGUCAUUACACCAACUAGAGAGUUGGCUCUCCAGAUCUUUGGUGUGGCUCGUGAACUAAUGGCACACCACUCUCAGACUCUGGGAAUUCUUAUUGGUGGUGCAAAUAGACGUCAAGAAGCUGAAAAAUUGGCAAAAGGUGUGAAUUUGAUCAUUGCCACUCCAGGUAGAUUGCUGGAUCACUUGCAAAAUACGAAGGGAUUUAUCUUUAAGAACUUGAAGACAUUGAUUAUAGACGAAGCAGACAGAAUUCUGGAAAUAGGAUUUGAGGAUGAAAUGAAGCAAAUAGUGAAGAUCUUACCUAACGAAAAAAGGCAAUCCAUGCUGUUUUCUGCAACACAGACAACCAAGGUUGAGGAUUUGGCUAGAGUGUCUCUCAACAAGGCUCCUUUAUACAUCAACGUUCACCAAGAUAGAGAGACUUCUACUGCCGACGGGCUGGAACAGGGAUACGUCGUUUGCGACAGCGACAAAAGGUUCCUGCUCUUGUUUUCAUUCCUCAAGCGGAACCUCAAAAAGAAGGUUAUUGUCUUCCUGUCGUCUUGUAACUGUGUGAAAUAUUACAGUGAGCUUCUGAAUUAUAUUGAUUUACCAGUCUUGGAUCUCCACGGGAAGCAGAAGCAGCAAAAGCGCACCAACACGUUCUUCGAGUUUUGCAAUGCCAAACAGGGAAUUUUGAUCUGCACGGAUGUGGCUGCUAGAGGCCUUGAUAUUCCGGAGGUCGACUGGAUCAUUCAAUUCGAUCCACCUGAUGAUCCCCGUGACUACAUCCAUCGUGUUGGUCGGACUGCUAGAGGAAGCAAAGGAAAGGGUAAAUCGCUGAUGUUUUUGACUCCUUCAGAGCUAGGAUUCCUGAGAUAUCUGAAAGCGGCCAAAGUUCCUCUCAAUGAGUACGAAUUCCCAGCCAACAAAAUUGCCAACGUGCAAUCUCAAUUGGAGCAGCUUGUGAAGAACAACUACUGGCUCCAUCAAUCUGCUAAAGAUGGGUACCGAGCAUAUUUACAGGCUUAUGCCUCUCACCAUCUCAAGACGGUGUAUCAGGUUGAUAAGCUUGACUUGGUGAAAGUUGGCAAGUCGUUUGGAUUUCCGGUUCCUCCGAAGGUGAACAUAACUAUCGGCUCCAGUCUUUCCAAAAAAAAGAAAUGAAGGGUGUACAUUACCGCAUAUAAUAUAAUCGAUCAAAAUUUACCUUCUUCCUAAAAGUGUAAGAAACUCAUCUCGGGUCUUCUGCUGGGCGCGGAAACAUCCCAACAUGCAACUGGUGGAAGUGAUGGCUCCACUUUUCUGCACUCCACGACUCACCAUGCACAUAUGUGUGGCUUCUAUAACCACCGCAACUCCCCUUGGCUGAAGAAUUUCACUCAAGGCAAUAGCUAUUUGCUUAGUCAGUCUUUCUUGGACUUGGAAUCGUCUAGCGUACAUUUCAGCCAGUCUUGCAAGCUUGCUCAACCCUAAAACUUUCUUGUUAGGAAUGUAUCCAAUGUGGACUUUGCCGAAGAACGGAACUAGGUGGUGUUCACAUAGCGAGUAAAUUUCAAUAUCUUUGACUAUCACCAUUUCAUCGUGGUCUUCCUCGAAAACAGCACGUUUGAUAACAUCCUUUAUAUUCUCCUCAUAGCCUUUUGUGAAAAAAAGCAUGGCUCUUGCAUACCGGUGAGGAGUCUCAAGCAGACCCUCGCGGUUUACAUCUUCUCCAAGUUCAGUCAAUAUCGUCUUGACGGCCUCUGCUAUUCUAUCCUCUCUGGCUUUGGCCUCCUCUUCGUUGGAUUCAAUCCGCCCUCUUGCACCCAGGGAAGGCCAUGAAAGCCCGUCCGAAUCUAUUGGGGGAUUUAAUGUGUAUGGAGAAGCAGGUCUGGUAUUUAGAGGUGUGUUCAACCGUUUGUAAUAAGGCUCUCGCACAGGUUUGGGAUGCACAGGAGCCACAUUAGGUUUGGGAGUAUCGGAGUCUCUUCCAUUUGCUGUCAACGGCUGUGACAAUGGGGAAGGUGGGAGAUGUGAUCUUUGGUCCUGGUUGUCGUUCAUCUUGAAUAAAUUAUUCGAGUUGAAAAAUUAUGAUUUAGAAAUAUUUUCGGCUUGCAGGAUCUCACCUAGUACAGUGUGCAACAGUUAAAAAUACCGGACGAUAGUCACUUUCCUCACUUUCCGACCUUUUGCGGCUAAGCAUUUAGAUGUAAUCUGUGGGGUUUAGGCACCAUUUUUGUCUCCUGGGGUUGUUGCAUAUCUGCCACGUCGACGCGCCGAUAGACCCUCAAGCAGUUAUUUUUUUAUUAUUUUUUGUCACCGUUGAGUAUUUUUUUUUUCCCCCUACCAGUUCCUGGUUCAUGAUCUAGCUAGAUAAACAACUACAAAGCCUAAGUCCUCUCGUUUUUUUAAUGAUGAACAAGUAUGAUGAGCCCAUCAAUGAACCUGUGCUGGUAAGCUUGCUCGCAUACGUUUUCUUAGCAUGGUAUCUAGUGGUCAUAUUCGUGGCGUACAACGGUUUUUUUCAUAUUAUUUUCAAAUUCACGCGAAAUUCCAGGUCAAAAAUCAACUCCCUUAUCAAUGUCUCGGAACUGGAGGGCGUCACCAUUCUCAGACCACUGAAAGGCAUUGAUCCGGAAUUAGAGAUCUGCCUUCGGUCCUCGUUCGAACAAAAAUACCCUAAAUCCAAACUGGAAAUUAUCUUCUGUGUCCAGGACAAAGAUGACCCGUCAAUUCCGGUCGUCGAAGAACUAAUUUCACAGUAUCCAGAUGUGGACGCCAAGCUCAUGAUGGAUGAAAACCAAGAUGCUAAAGACUCAUAUGGGCCCAAUCCUAAGGUUAACAAUCUUGCGAAGGGAUACAAAGCUGCAAAGCAUGACAUUCUUUGGAUUCAGGACUCCAACGUGUGGUCUCAUCCUGACACUCUGCAAAGAUCUGUGGUUUCUCUGACACGGUCGCUGAACAAUGGUCGUCCCACAUCACGAAAAGUCAACUUGAUUCACCACGCCCCGCUGGCUGUGUCACUAGGAGAUUUUCCGACAGCUACGCUCGGAGCCAAUUUGGACGAACUGUUUUUGGCCACAUCCCAUUCGAAAUUUUAUGUUUCCUUUAACGAACUAGCUGUUGCUCCUUGUGUGAAUGGGAAGUCCAACGUCUACAGACGUUCGGACCUUGAUGAGGCUGAUGCGAAGUACUACAGCUUGCAUCCUGGCCAGGGAAUUCGCUUUUUUGCUAGAUAUAUUGGAGAGGAUAACAUGAUUGGCAUUGCUUUGUGGGAUUAUGGACACGGUCGCACCGGAAUGACGGGUGACUGCGUUGUUCAGCCUCUUGGGGGGUCAAACUGCUUGAUGGAUUACUGCUAUCGAAGAACAAGAUGGCUCAGGGUCCGCAAAUACAUGGUUCUAGCCGCUACAUUAUUGGAGCCUACAACGGAGUGUUUUCUUUGUGGCUUGUAUGGCAGCUUCGCUGUUGGUGUUAUUUUUCAGCAUAUUCUGUUUUCAAAAUCAUACUUUGUCUUUCACGUUGUUGCAUGGUUUUUAACAGAUUGGAUUCAGCUACAGCAUUUGUUUGAUUGCGUUCGUGGCGGUGAUCCGCAGGAACCAUUUUUCAUCAAUCUCGAGAGUCGGAAAACCCCUGAUAAAGGCCUCAGAUGGUUUUUCAUGCACUGGUUUCUGCGUGAGUUGUUGGCGUUCCCUAUUUGGGUUGCCGCUAUGUUAGGAUCGCAGAUUGACUGGAGAGGCCAAACUUUCCGAAUCAAGUCAGAUCUGAGCGCAGAAAAAGUAUAG